AUGAAUGUGUGGCUGGUUGGAUUGGGGCUUGCUCUCCUCUGCACCGUCAGUGCUGAAUCUGAAUGUUCUGAAGACCUCAACCAGUGGACAGGAAAAUGGUACGUGACUGCAGUAGCAAGCAACUGUGAGCACAUGUUGAAGCACAAGGACAAGAUUAAGAUAUUGACUAAUAAUGUGUCUGUCAAUGAGGAUGGUAAACUACAGAUCAACGCUAAUUUCCCUAAUCACCACAGGAAAGGUGGACAUGGAUGCAAAAAGAUUGAAAUAGUGUUUGAGAAAUUGGCUGAUGGAACAUACUCCCACACAUCUGACCGGAAUUUUACAAAAAAGAUGGAAGUUGUGUCUACGGAUUGUAAAACAUAUAUUAUAGCUCAUGUGCAGAUAAAACGCAAUGAGAAGACCUCAGAAAGUCUGAUGAUGCAAACCAAGGAACCUGAACCGAGUCCAGAGCAUCAGGAGAAGUUUUCAAAAAUCGCUGAGAACGAAGGGUACACAAAAGAGAAAAUCAUCUUUCCCAAAGGAAUGGCCUGUGAAAAUGAGGCAGAGGAGAUGCCUGCUGCUUAGCCACAAGAAGAUGCCAGCAGUAAUCUGGAAGAAGUUCUUUCUUGUGCCAUGUGGCUUUGACCUUUGUCCAGUCUUGGGACAGAAGUCUCCUCAUGCUAUUAAUAAACAGAUCUACAUAUUGCA